AUGACCAAAAAGUCCUCAAUUUACCGUUUAAAAAAUGCUGUUCAAAAUUAUGAAUGGGGUAAGAUUGGUUCUGAUAGUAAAGUAGCACAAUUUGCUAAAGUCCAAGAUGGAUUUAUACUUGAAAAUGAUAAACCUUAUGCUGAGCUUUGGAUGGGUACUCAUCCCAAUGGACCAAGUUCAGCAAUUAUGGAUCAAAAAAAAAUAAUGCCUCUCAAAGAUUUGAUAAAAUCAAAUCAAGACUUAAUCACAAAAGAGAUUGCUGAUAAAUAUAAUCAAGAUUUACCAUUUCUAUUUAAGGUUUUAUCAGUAAAUAAAGCUCUUUCUAUUCAAGCUCAUCCCGAUAAAGAACUUGGAAGAAUAUUAUUUGAAAAAUAUCCAAAUAGAUAUAAAGAUCCAAAUCAUAAGCCUGAAUUAGCAAUCGCUAUUACUGAAUUUGAAGCUUUGUGCGGAUUUAGACCAUUACAAGAAAUAUUAAAUUUUCUUGAUAGAUAUGAAGAAUUCAGUGACCUUAUUGGAGAAGAGUUGGUAGAGGAAUUUAGAAAAGCAGAAAGAGCUUCUGAAAUUUCUAAUGAUGAGGAAACAUUAAAAAAAAGUAAAUCUUCAUUAAAAAAAAUAUUUACCAAAGUAAUGAAAACAGAUCCAAAUAUUGUAAAAGAAAAGGUUGACAGUCUAAUUUCAAAAUUGAAAUCAAAUAACAUCAAGUAUAAAGUGGGAAGUUCAGAUGAAUUAUUAAUUAGAUUGAAUGAGCAAUUUCCUGGAGAUAUUGGAAUUUUUUGUGUAUUCAUGUUGAACUAUAUACAAUUAAAACCUGGCCAAGCAAUUUUUCUGGGAGCUAAUGAACCUCAUGCCUAUUUAUCAGGAGAUAUUAUAGAAUGUAUGGCAGCAAGUGACAAUGUUGUUCGUGCAGGAUUGACACCAAAAUUUAAAGAUGUUGAAGUUCUUGUUGAUAUGCUAACUUACCGUUUUGGUACUGCAGAAUCUCAAAUUCUUCCUUACACACAUUAUAACAAAUCAGCCACUUCUCUUUUGUAUGAUCCACCAAUAGAAGAAUUUUCCAUUAUUUUAACAAAGUUAGGAGGUGAAACCCAUAAAAAAGAAAAUUUUGACAGUGUAAAUGGUCCUAGUAUAAUUAUUGUUACCGAAGGGAAAGGUACUUUGAAUGUAAGCGAUGGUGAUAAUGCUCAAACUGAAUUAUUAGAGCCUGGUGACAUUUUCUUUAUAGGCGCCUCUACACCAGUUGCAAUUGAGACAAAGGAAAAUAAUAAAUUUACAUUGUAUCGUGCAUUUUGUUCUUUAAAUUCUUUUUAA